AUGGAUGAAGGGAUAACAAAUUUAUCUCAAAGAGUAGCCAAACUCCAAUUAGCACUUAGCAAUGUUCAAGAUGAUUCCAUCAUAUCUCAAAUGACUAUGGUGAAGUCUCGAGUACGGGAUUUGAGAGAGAAGCACCCUGAGUUGAAAACACUAUUUUCACUAGCAGAUCGUUUUCCAGUUCAAAAGCCUUCUCGUACGGAAGAAGCCUCCAUACCCGAUUCGGUCAAAGAAGAGGAUCUCAGCCUACAUUAUGAUGCUAUUAUGGGUAUGCGUAGGGAUAUGAUUGAGGUGGUGAACAUUAACGCAGAUUCAGUUAUCAACGAUAUCAGCACACGAAUAACACAGACGCGUCUUUCAGAAUUAACGCAGACGAAUGCUCUGCAUAAUGUACAGAUAAAGGAGCUUUACAGAUAUUACACGAUGUUGGUUGUCAAGAGUAUGAUUGUGUCGGAAAAGUACGUCCAGUAUGCCUUAGAUUUGAAUGAAUUCUGGCUACGAAUGGAUCAGCGAUUAAUGAAGGUGAGACACACGAUAGAAAAGAAGGAAAGGCAAAUACAAGAGUUGAACAAGUAUUGA